AUGGACGCUUGUAGCAUUCUACAAGAAUUCCACAAUCGUACCACGCGUGUCGAGAUCGAGAUGCCACGCCGCAUGCAUGAAUUCAAGAUGGAAAGCGGAUCGAUGCAGAUGGUAUCGAAAGGAGAAGAAAGCUAUGUACUUACAUUUGUGGAUGAUUUUUCACGUUUCGUGGUUGCUCACUUCCUGAAUAGUAAGAGUGUGGUCGCCGUAAAGCUCGCCGAAUAUAAGACGUUUUUCGAAAAGCGGUGGGGGAAGCAAAUUAAAUGCAUUCGCUUUGACAAUAGAACGAACAUUCGUGAACAAGAAGAUCACAUCUAUGUGCUCUCGCUUGAUGAGCUUGAAGUUAAUGGUAUUUACGACACAACGUGUUCGGAAAACAAAUCAGUUACCCAUGUUUUCACGGAACUGAAUGAAGAAGCGACACAUUUUCCUGCUGAGCGACGGCCGGUGAUAGACGAACCUAUGAAUAGUGUCGAGGAGUCAACGGAAGAUAUUGAGACGGGUGAGGUCGAAUUAGAGCGCAAAAAUAAUCUGGAGCACUCGAAGAUCGGAUAG